AAAAGGCUUCCGCUUUAGAUUCCUUCUCCCCUGCAGCCAUUCAACGUCUCUGGAAGUCCAAAACUUCAAACAGCCGCCUCCCAUGGCGGGAGAAAACCCUACCUCCACCGCCACUUCCUCUAUCGAUCCUAGCAGCGGCUUCUGCUCCAAAACCCUUGUCUACCACAGUCUCCGUCCUCCCGUUCCACUCCCUCCCCUAUCCUCCAACAUCUCCAUCGCCGACUACGCCUUCUCCCUCCUCGCCGCCACUCCGCCAUCCCCAGCCACCGUCGCACUCAUCGACGCCUCCACCUCCCGUCGCAUUCUCUACCCCGAGCUCAUCCGCCGUGUCAGGUCCCUGGCAUCCUCCCUCCCCUCCCGCCUCCGCCUCUCCAGAGGGGACCGCGCUCUCAUCAUCUCGCCGAACUCGCUCCACGUCCCGAUUCUCUACUUCGCUCUCUUCUCCAUCGGCGUCGUUGUGUCUCCGAUCAAUCCGGCCAGCACUAAGUCGGAGAUUCUCCACCACAUCCAGCUGUCGAAGCCUGUGGUCGCCUUCGCGACCUCAGGAACUGCGCUCAAUGUCCCUCCUCUCUCGCUCGGUAUGGUCAUACUUGACUCGGCUGAGUUCGAGUCUCUGAUGACGAGUGAACUCGGCGAGCUGGACCGAGUCGAGGUGUCGCAGUCUGACACGGCUGCGAUCCUCUACUCGUCGGGGACGACGGGGAGAGUCAAAGGCGUGGAGCUGACUCACCGGAACUUGAUCACCACUGUGGCCGGAGUUAACGCCCUCCGUCUGGCGAGGAAGUCCCCGGCGGUGACGCUGUGUGCCGUUCCGUACUUCCACGUGUACGGUUUCGCGCUAUGCGCGAGAGGAUUGGGCAUGGGAGAGACGCUGGUGCACAUGGGGAGGUUUGAUUUGGGGGCUAUGGGGAGAGCGAUCGAGGAGUUUAAGGUUUGCCAAGCGGCAUUGGCGCCGCCAGCAGUGGUGGCGAUGGUGAAGGCCGGCGGGAGCAUGAUGGACGGCUAUGAUCUGAGCUCCCUCGAGGUGGUGAGGUGCGGUGGCGCUCCGCUGCGGAGGUCCGUCGUGAACGGCUUCAGGGAUCGGUUUUCGCACGUGCACCUGGCACAGGCGUAUGGACUUACUGAGACAACAGGAAGAGUCUUUUCGACGGUGGGUCCCCUUGAAUCCAAAGUGCUGGGGGCAACGGGGCGGCUAUGUCCCAAUUGUGAAGCAAAGGUUGUCGACCCCACGACCAGCGCUGCCUUGCCUCCGUUACAAUCAGGGGAGCUUUGGGUCAGAGGACCCUCCAUCAUGAAGGGUUAUGUGGGCGAUGAAGAAGCUACGAGGGCCAUAUUGGAUUCGGAGGGAUGGUUAAGAACUGGAGAUCUCUGUUACAUAGAUUGUGAGGGGUUCCUCUUUUUUGUGGACAGAAUAAAGGAGAUCAUCAAAUAUAAAGGGUACCAGGUGGCCCCGGCAGAACUGGAGCACGUUCUUUACUCCCAUCCCGACAUUGCAGAAGUGGCCAUUGCUGCGUAUCCUGAUGAUGAAGCCGGUGAAUUUCCCAUGGCUUUCGUGGUGAAACGACCCGGAAGCAACAUCGAUGCAUCACGAAUCAAAGAUUUUGUCACGGAAAAGGUUGCUCCAUACAAGAAGAUAAAGCGAGUAUUGUUCCUGGAGACAUUGCCUAAGAAUGCCCAAGGCAAGGUGUUGAGAAUGGAGCUGACCAAGCUUGCAUUGUUGACUACCACUUCUAAGUUGUGACAUACCAAAUUCACUCAUCGGCAGAGUGCAGAGUUGGCAUAGUGUAAGUUCGAAAAUAGAAUUCCAUUUUAUUGUGAUAGGAGAUCUGAUAAGCACAGGGGAUAUCGAACUGGUACAUGUAUUGAUCUAUGGGUUCAAUAAGAGGCUUGAUGGAUUCAAUAUAGGCUUCUGAAA